UUCCUCAAAAAAACUGGCAGGAAGAAGCAGUGGCUGGCUUCCAGAGUUGUCUCAACUAAAUCCCUGCUUCUUCACCCGGUCGACGCAAAAUGUGCGAGACCCACACGCAACCAAAGUCUUAAAUCUAGUAUGUCAAGUGUUCCCCUGCCUCCUUUGUGAUCUCGUGGGCCGUUGUACGAACCUGACUUGAGACAGCAGUUUGAAUGGAACGGAGUCACGGUGCUGACGCUGCACUGAUGUGGAAGACCAGCUGCCCUCUGAAAGCCCCUAAAGUCAUCUGGUUUGGAUGCUCUUCCUGCACAUACUUCACCAGAGACCAGCGGGGAAUCGUGAGCCACCUGGUUGCCCAUGGUGAUGAACAAAUCAAGCACCCCCGUCCUCUCAUGUCUCCUGGCUCUAGGUCCAAAGUCGACACUAACACUCAGAUGCACAAAGGUGAUAGGAUCUUUAAGUGCAAGCUGUGCCCCCAAACCUUUGCACAUAGUGGCAGUCUGAGCAACCACAAUCGAACUCAUGCAGAUGAAAAGCCAUUCAAGUGCAAGCUUUGUGCUCAAGCCUUUGCUCGGAGUUCCUAUUUGAGAGACCAUAAUCAAACACAUAAUGGUGAUAAACCUUAUAAGUGCAAGCUGUGCUCCAAAACUUUUACUCAGAGUUCUUCUUUGAGACAACAUAAUCAAACACAUAAUGGUGAUAAACCUUAUAAGUGCAAGCUGUGCCUCCGAGCCUUUUCUCAAAAUUCCCAUCUAAAGUCUCAUUAUCGAACUCACAGUGGUGAUAAACCUUACAAGUGCAAGCUGUGUCCUCAAACCUUUGGUUGGAGUACCUCUUUGAGGACCCAUAAUCGAAAACACACUGGUGAGAGGCCUUACAAGUGUAAGCUGUGCCCCCGAGCCUUUGCUCGGCAUUAUGACAUGAUCCAACACAAUCGAACGCACACGGGGGAAAAGCCCUUCAAAUGCAACCUUUGCCCCCGAGCCUUUUCUCGGAAUACUCGUUUGAGAAGGCAUAGUCAAACACACUGUAGUGAUAAACAGUGUUGAAAAACCUGAUAAAGGCAAGCAGUGUCGAAAACAAACAGGUGAAAAAACCUGCUCUUUUUUCAGAUUUCUUUGCACUUGCUCAAAGUGUGGUCCUUUGAGCUGUAAUCUAAUAUAUUUUUAAAAAUGGUUUAAUUCUUUUGUUUUUGUUAUUUACUCCUAUAUAUGUAGAAUGCAAAACUUGCAUUGAAUGCCUAUGUGACUAAGCUUUAAUUUCCCUUUUUUUCAAUCAAAAGACAAAAAAGGCUUGCAGUUUCAACUUCCAAUUAUUUCUUUUAGAUGCAGGCCUCGGUACGGAAAUAUUUGUUGAGUAAUGUUUUAGAAGGUUCCAUUUUUGACAUCCUGUACCAUAUGCUAUCUCAUCUUAGCAGUUACUUUUGGGGGAGACCCGUUGCCAAGUGUGUGUAUGCAAGCGCCUUGUGCCCCAGAUUCUGGGACUGCUAGUUGAAUCCCUCGCCCAGCAGGUUUUGCUGUAAAUUGACAUUGUACUUUUCUUAAUACAUAGUGUGAAAUUCGCUUUGUGUGUAGUGUGAAAUAGUUUGAAAUGCCAAGGGGGUAGUCGCCCCUUACAAAACCUCUUCGCUUGUGGUUUUUUUGUUUUUUCUUUACAUUUGUUUGAAGGAUUCGAGAACACCCUUGUCGACUGGAACUGGCCAGUUGACUGAGAUGAUGUACAUCCGCCACACCUCACACAUUACUUCAAGUUCUGUCAUCUCUCUUUGGAGGAUAAUGUUAGCGGUCGCUUUGAGGUCUUUUUGGUUUAGGCGGCACCAUGUGACACGGUGGCGACGGCCGCGACAUAUUCUUCUGGGCGCCAUCCGCCACGACUUUCAUGGUUGCUCCCACCACCUAAAUUAUCGCCCCCCCCCCCCCCCUUCCCUCAAACCAAUAUGUGGAAUUUGCCCCUUCCCCCGCUCCUAGAACCAAUAUCUGGAACGGCCUCUGCUCAAGCGCCACUGCCAAAAGCACCAUCAAGGGCCCUUCACAACUAAGCGAGCUGAACAGACAGGGAAACAGCAUCAGUUAUGAGCUGAACCAUCCACUGCUGCCGUAAGUGCAUCUGUGCCCCCCUCCACUGAUGUAACUAGCUGGUUCCACGAAGUGAAAGUUUGGCUGCAAAAUAUAUGGCAUGCCAGAAGCCACUGCCGAUAUCAAAGACUGCUUGGAUGCGGUUAACCUCAACACCAAGAAUAUAAGCACAUAAAACAACAAAGUCAGCAUUUUGGCGGCACUAUAAUUUAGAAAGCCCUGUCACAAGUCAAAGAGUAAUGUUUGUUCGGAGGCAGUAGUCUCCUAGUGCGCAUUGAGGAUGCCAUUGAGGAUGCCAUUGAGAAGCUGCAGCUGAUAGAGGAAUGAACCUUCGUGGGCUGCUUCUUUAAUUUCUGUACAGCGAGGUGGAUGUAUUUUGACAGCAUUUGCAUAUUCCUUAGUGAUUUGCUCUUGGAUCAGGCAAAUGGGAAGGUCAAGAAUGUGAAAGCGAAAACUUCUAAGUUUAAUAUUUUCACAAAGCAACAGACAAACUCUGCAGUUUUGUCAACACUGAGCAGCAACAGCAGCCAGAGGAACUCCUUCAGGGACGAGCUGCUGUGUGUUUUGAGAAUGACGAACCACAUCUAAGCCAUAGCACUCCAAAAAAAUUCUAUUGCCAGAAAGAUGCAGCCUUGAUUAAAUGCAACGGAGCUCCAGUCGGAAAGUUUUCGAAAUUUGGCUGAAUUUCAAACAAGAGCGGCAUUUUGUUACAUAGUGCCCUGAGCCUCUGACGCAGGAAUCAUUUUAAUGGCAACGGGCAUUUUAAGUUGCGCCUAACAUUGGAAAUGAUCAGGAAAACUUUGGUCUGGUGUCAUCAGGGCCUGGAGGGAGACACCAGUAGUGUCUUCCUCCAGGUGUCUCCCUUCUUUUGGGACAUCCUACCAGCAAGGCAAGCAGCGAGACCCACAACUUAAAACGUUUUAAAGCAGCAAUUGAACGGUACUCGUUGAAAUUGCAUCCUAUACUCGUCGACGCAGGAACAAGCAUUUUCAAACUUUGGGCGAUAAACUCUUCUCUGAGGCCAUCCAAAAUACCUGAGAAGGCGUCCUUGAACUUGGCAGAAAGAGUAGCGGCUGUCGAAACAAUUCACUUAUCUUUAACUGAAUAAGGAUUGUUUCUUCAAUGUUUAGGUUUUUAGGAUCCACAGAGCCAGGAGGACAUUGCAAUAGUUUGCAGCGAAACCCAACAAAUAACAGUGGAUGGUAUGAGUGACCCUCGCUGAGUCGUGAGGAGCUGAAAGAAGCAAAAAAGCUUUUGGAGAACUGGCGUACUGUAUAUUAUCUAACUUCAGUAGUUACCUGGGCGGGGGAUUGAUUCGUGAACAUGCGUAUUCACUGCAAUAUUUUGUUAGCCUGGUUGGCGAUUGCUAGUUAAAUUCCCGCACCGCCUAGCCUGUUUCGCAUUGAAUUGGCAUUGUACCAGUGUUUGUGUCAUCAGAGGGGGGGUGCAACAAUUUCAAAAUUAAAAGAAUUUGCAUCUCAUUGUUUUUACGUUAUCGUGUCCCAGAGGGUAGAGAAAACAUCUCAUUCAUUCAAAAAUGUUGCGAUUAAGCUGCAUAAUAACAAAGCAAAAGUCAAACUUUUUCCCCCCACCUGCAGCCGCGGGUGGCUGCUUUUGUGACCUCGGUCGGCUCUAAGCUGCAGCUUAACGCCCGUUAAUCUCAGCAGAGAGAGGGAGAGGAAGCGUCCUCCGAGAGAGCACACGGGAAGCUACACGGCACCCCGAAUUACGUCACUAGGAGGGGGACCAGGUGUGACCCUGAAGACUGGAAAUGAGUACAGGGGUGCCAGAAAUGCCAAUAUUUAUCUUUUUUUUUUACGCAACAGCUAGGACACUCAGGCGAAAUCGCUUUUCUGUUUUUUACUUCCAAAGUGUCAGAGGGCAACUUCCACAAGUUUUUGACUGAAGUCCAUGAAUCCUUGCACCCCCCUCCCCCCCUUUAAUGCCGUCUAAUACCUUUUCAAGGCUGCAUUGACGGAAGCUGUAGAGAUCUUGAAACUGACUUUGGCACACUCAUACCUAAAGGGUUUUCACCUUUCUUCUCAACACUGGCAUUUUCAUAAUCAUGUAUUUAUAACACCUGCAUUGAGACAUCAUUGUAGUUUUCACAAUAUUUUGCUGCUGUGUGUUUUUGUUUCUGAGUGUUUCAGUGUUGCCUGGCCCUUUGUAUCAGAAUUCUCAGACCGCAGGUGUUAUUUUACACCAAACAAUACCUUUGGCUUGCUUUUUGUAUAGGGCUGGAUACUUGCUGGUUUCUAUGCUUCCCUAAUGGCAAACCUAUUUUUUUGUUUUAACAAACUGAGGUGAGUCAUACCAGCUAAGUCUCAAAGAAUGCAGAUUGAGCUAUGAUUCUGUUUGGGUUACAAUGUCGUCUGAAUUGUUGCUCUGCAUUUAUUUUUGCAUUGUGUAAUACAUUUGUAAACAUAGCUUCAUUGCAGUUUGCUUCUUUAUAUGAUACAUGUGUAAUCAGACUUCUUUUUCGCUGCUCCUUCAAAAUAAAGUUUGAUAAUUCAAACUUCA